AUGGCUUCUAUGGAUAACCCAGAUUCCCUGACGGAACUGUCCACUCUGGUGGAGCGAACGCUCCGCGAUACCGGUCGAUUCUUUCGCAAAUCAGGCUCAGUUGCUUCCAAGACCCAAGCGCAGCGGUCCGUUCCUGGCUAUUAUGAGAGCUUCCAGCAGUCACUCGACAAUCUCUCAGAGCAGAUCUUUAUUGCCAAGGCAUACCUUGAAAAGGAAUACGAUACCAUCAAGGCGCGGGAAUCUACACCGCGCGCCCAAGAUGUGGCGAUGGUCGAAGUCGGCCAACAGGAAAAGGCAGAAUCUCCGUCUGCAGAGCCGACAAAGACGGAAGCUGAGCAUGUUUCCGUCAAGAUUGAGGCGAAGCCCGAUGGGGCGCCCGCGCCCGCCGAUGCGCCUGGACCUCAGCCUAAAGAGGAUGUGGCUGUGAAAGCAGAGCAAAAGCCUGAAACAACAGACCACCCUGACCAAGCAUUGACAGACGGUAAUGAUGGACUCAACUUUGACUCCGUCCUGAACGAAGCUGGUGGCUCAAACUCCUUUAGCAUCAGCCUUGACUUUGGAGACGACGAUAUGGGAAACCAAGCUUUCCUUUCCGGGUCUGGCCUCGGCAACAGUGCUCCAAGUGGCCUCGAUCAAGCUGCUUCGUCUCAGCCAGCGGAGAACAAUUCUUCUGCCCCUGUUCCCGCGGGCGGGGACGCAUUCGAUAUGGAGCUGCAACGGUCUGACGGCGAUGGCAACGGAUUCCCUGACCAGAAUAUGGACGAUCUUAUGGGCCCAGGUGAAUCCAAUUUCGACGAUCUCUUUCUAGAGACAGAUAACCUUGGAGGCGAGGAUUCUGGCAAUGCCAAUCAGAUGGAGGGGGAUAGCUUAAUGAACCUGGAUGAACUGAACGACGAUUGGUUUAGAUGA